AUGAUGACGACACGCGACGGGCGGGGCUCACGUGAGGGAUUGGCUCCGGGCGGUGACGUGGCGGGAGGCGGAAGUGAGGCGGCUCCAACGAUGCUACGGCAGGACAGUAAUGAUGACACUGAAGAUGUGUCACUGUUUGAUGCAGAUGAAGAAGUAUCCACGAGAUCAAAAAAGUCAAAGAUAAGGCACCCAGUGGCAUCAUUUUUCCACUUGUUCUUCCGAGUCAGUGCAAUAGUUGUCUAUCUUCUCUGUGAACUGAUCAGCAGCAGCUUCAUUGCCUGCAUGGUGUCAAUUAUCCUGCUCCUGUCGUGUGACUUUUGGGCAGUAAAGAAUGUUACGGGCCGGCUAAUGGUCGGCCUUCGCUGGUGGAACCAGGUGGAUGAUGAUGGCAGGAGUCACUGGGUGUUUGAAGCCAGGAAGGCAUCCGCUCAAGGGAAAAAAGUUUCAUCUGAAGCCGAGUCUCGAAUCUUCUGGUUAGGACUAGUUACCUGUCCCAUCAUCUGGGUGAUAUUUGCCUUCAGUGCCCUGUUCUCAUUCAAAGUGAAAUGGCUGGCAGUGGUUACAAUGGGAGUGGUUCUACAGGGGGCCAACCUGUAUGGUUAUAUCAAGUGUAAAGUGGGCAGAAGAACAAAUUUAACCAGCAUGGCUACCUCCUAUCUUGGAAGGCAGUUCUUGCGGCAGACUGUGGUUAAAGAUGACCAAACCGAAUCCUGAAGACUGAUCCAAAAUUGGAUUGGAUUUAUACUGGUGAACAACAGUAAAUGUUUUCUGACCUUGAGUUUAGGAGCUACAUAAACUGUGUGUGGGUUUGUUUUUUUUUUAAAUUAAAUCUUGCAAGACUUCUGGUCAACUCUCAUAGCAAAUUACUCUCAGUUUUUCUGCAACAGUUUGCAUUUCAGAGCUCUUCUAAUAAUUUGGUUGGUUAAGGCAGUUGAGGUAAUUCACCUAAUCUUUUAAUUAAAAGAAAAUCAUAGAUCUGGAGCCUAAAUGGGAACUAAACAGUCUGGGGUGAAGUAAGAGAUAAAACUACUGGGCAUCCUUCCUCACAAUUUGUCAGUGUGAAAAAUGUAAAUGAGGCAGGUUUUAUAUCAUUCAGGAACUCCCCCGUCCCUCCAGCAAUUGCAUCAAAUAGCAAUUCACCCUGCAGAAUUACUACCUGCAGAAGUAAUUCUGCUGUUGGAGAUAAUUGCUGUCUAAAUCCCACUCUUACUCUGUUCAUUGAAUGUAGCUAGAAGAUGACCUGUUAGCAGAUGUUGGUCCUGAACCUGUUCCCAUUGAAUUCAAUGGGACUUCUGUCAUUGGCUUGGGUGGGAUCUUAAAGUGACAUCUAAGCAGCUCAGUUACUUUACUUAUGAACGAUACUUUGAUAUUCUGAACAGCCUGAUUACCACCUGACUGAGAGGUUAUGCUGCAGCUUUGAUUUCACCUUGCUCAAUUUAUAAAAGUUUUGCUUCCCAAAUAAGGCAGGAGCUAGAAUGGCGUGGAACUAAACCCUUAGUGUGGGGUAGAAUUCCCCCUUACCCUGUGGUGUGUGUCUGAACAGAGAGCCUGAGAGCGAGCAGUGGGUUUCAGGGGAAGCCGUGCAAAAUACUAGCAGCAAAGUGAAGCUGUGAGUGGUUGUUGCCUGGCCAUCCCUAAUAAAACAAAGUGCUUCAUGCUGCCUUAACAGACCACGAUACCGCCUUGGGCACAGUGUAGAUGUAUCUGAGGCUCCCUGGGAUAGAUGGGGGGUGGUGGUGCCUGAUAAAUGCAUCAGUAAGUUUGCCAGUGCAGGAAAUUGUGUAUCGCAGACCUGCAUUGACUGCCAGUCUGUCUAUAAAGGAUGGCACUGCUAUUAUUGGAGAUAACUGAUCGCUGAUUCUCCCCUCUGGUAUUAUAUAUAUAUAUAUAUAUAUUUAAAAACUACAUUCAUGUGUGACCUUGUGUUCCACACACACAGAGAAAUGCUCAGGCUCACUUGCUAGUAAAGUGCAGCUGACCGUUAGUAGUAGUUGAAAACAGGCCUCACAAAAAAUUCAGGGUAUGAUUCCAGAUUUUUAACUGGCCACUUUCCUCUCACUCACUGUGUUGCUGGCAGGGUGGAUUCAUGCAAUCUGAAUAAUUCAUAUUCCGGAGCUGUCUAAGAAACCUAACGCUUGAAUGCCAAUUUGGCAGAAGGGUUUACUUUACAUUAAUCUAUGCUGUAACUGCUCCUCAAGUUGUGCCUGUCAACAAAUUCACUGGGGUUGGUAAGACAUCUGCAUCUGCUGUGUGCUCAUGGACUUUUGGGUUAUGUUGUUCAGUUAGAUGGAGGAAGGUGACAUGUUUUGCUUGGAAAGCGGCGUCGAGAGGGGACCAAUUCUCCCUUGUCCUGUAACUCAGUUGAAGGGGGAUUGGUCUUUUACAUCAAAGGGGAGAAUAUAACCCCGGAUGGGUAUUUUUAAUUUAAAAGCGUACUCUUUUUUUGGAUCUAAAUCAUGGGAUUGCAUUAACAAUGUUUUUCUUCCUAUACUAAAGCAAUAUAUUGAAAUUGUAAAAUCUCUUCAAACUCCAGCACUGUACAUUUGUUAAAUUCUUUGGACUAAUAUCUCUUUGUAAAUACAUAUUUAUAAAGUCUUGAAAUUAAAUAAUGCUUUGUCUACCA